CAAGACUAGACAACAAUAAUGAGUUCAUCCAAACUCCAGGAAAGUGAGGUGAGAAUUGCACACUCUCUACAUAUGAAGGAGGAGGAGUUUGUUGUCAAAAGGAGAAAAAAAGUUUUUCACAGCCUGAAGAAACUCCAAAUAGACUGCAGUCAGGAUAAAGUGCCUCACUUUGCAUUACUGGGUUCUGGAGGAGGACAAAGAGCCAUGGUGGGUUUGCUGGGAUCCCUGGUUCAGCUUGAUAAAGCGGGUCUUCUGGACUGCAUACUUUAUCUGAGCGGAGUCUCUGGAUCCACCUGGUGCAUGGCCUCCUUAUACCAAGAACCAGACUGGUCCACCAAACUAGAGACUGUGAAGGACAAAAUCAUCAGGAGACUCAGCGGUCCAGGAGUCAGCUGGGGAGACGCAUUUGCCAAACUGAAGAAAUAUUACUAUGAGAAAGACCACUUCAGCUUGACUGACGUCUGGGCAGUGAUGGUCGUCACAGAAUAUGUAAAAGAGAUUGACGAACACACACUCACAGAGAAGCAGAACCAGCACAGUGAAGACUUGUUUCCAAUCUACACCGUGAUUGACAAGAACAGAACAGAGCAAGGAGAGCAAAGCACAACCCAAAUACACGUUCACCCCUAUGAAAUCCCGUUUACAUCCACUGACGUAACACAAUGCAAACAGAGUAAGGAGGAGAAAGAUGCCUGGUUUGAGAUCAGUCCACAUGAAGCGGGUUAUUCUCUCACUGGAGCAUUUGUGAAAACAUCCAGCUUCGGCAGCAAGUUUGACAGUGGCUCAAAGACAAAACCUCAGCCUGAAACAGACAUCCUGUACCUGCAAGCUCUUUGUGGCAGUGCUGUAGCUGAUGGAGACGAGAAUAAGAAAAUCCUCUGGCAAAAAAUAAAAGAUUUCUUUAAACAUUUAUUACAGUUGGAGAUGUUUGAGGAAAUUAUGGAAGAAUACCAUAAAGCCCCGCCUGCAAAAGAUGGUUACCAGGUGCUCAUGGAUCUUGUGGACAUGAAUCUCGCUGUUUUAAAUGGCAAAAAUCCUUCAGAUCUUGAUCAAUCCAUCAGAAAAACACUGAAUGAGCUCAGUGGAGGCAAACGUCAGCUGAUUUUUCCUACAGAAAAACUGAAUAUCACUGAUAAACAAGAUGCAACACUGUAUAUGAAGCAAUACACUGAAGAUGUGUGUAAUAAUUUGAGUAGUUGGUUCAGUUGCUGGCCUUUCGAUGUUUGGAUGAGCAUUUGUAGAUGCAUGGCUCAGUGGAUCUGGGGCAGGAAAUAUGACUUUCUUCAAAAAAUGAAUGAUAAAACAGUGCCUUCUACUCUUCUGAAAAGUGAGACAAGAGACUAUGAAGAUGCCGGACUGUUGCUGAACUCACCCUACUUCUCAGUGCUGAGAAAAGAAAGAAACGUUGAUCUCAUCAUUUCCCUGGAUUUCAGUGAAGGCGAUCCUUUUAUGACAGUGAGAAAAGCUGCUGAGAUGUGCAAGAAACGAAACAUCCCUUUCCCUGAAGUCAACAUCCCCAGUGAAGACCUGAAGAACCCAAAGGACUUCUAUGUGUUCAAAGGCACAAACACUCCAACCGUGAUUCACAUCCCUCUGUUUAAUGUGGUCAACUGUGGAGGUGAUAUUGAGAUGUGGCGUGACAAAUAUGGGACCCUUCAAGAUUCUUACAGCGCUGAGAUGAUAACUGAUCUUAUGGAGGUUGCUGGAAAAAACAUCUCAAACAACAGAGAGAAAUUGCUGGAGCAGAUUCAAGCAGUCAUAAAUUGACAUGAAUAAUGAUUUGAAUAAUAAGUCAUUACUGUUUGUUUUAAUGGGUGUGUGUGUUUCGGUGUGUUAUUAAAUUCCAUACCCUUUUUUCAUAUUUCAAAUUCCAUGCAUAUUUGUCAACUG